GCCCGCUAAUAAAAACUUUUCGGCCCAAAAUCGUCACCAAUCUCACGCCACCGGUUCACAAUCGCCCAACCCUCUCGUUUCUCUCUAUCGCCCAAAUAAAAUCCACCGCACGUCGCCGGAGCUCCGAUCUUCACUACCCAGAAAAUGUCUCUCUCUGAUGAUGAAGACGAGUGCUUCGCUCGGUUCCUCGAAUCAGAAGUCUCCUCGGUAGAGGAUGAAGAAAAAACGAAAGAACCUGAACCGAAACGACAACGUAUUGAGAAAGACAAAACAAAGGUUGUAGUAGACAAGGAAGGUGCAAAGAGAAUAGAGAGUGGAGUUCUCACCAAAGUUCCUACAGAGGUGUUUCGUCAUAUCUUCAAGUUCUUAUCAUCCGAGGAUCUUCUAUCAUGCUCUUUAGUAUGUAAAUUUCUCAAUUUUGCUGCCUCUGAUGAAUCUUUAUGGCGUCGCUUGUAUUGUAUCCGGUGGGGACUAAUGCCUUCAACUAGAAUGUUACGUGAAUAUGCUUGGAAGAAGCUUUAUAUCGAUCGUGACGAGAAAGACAUGAUUGAACUUGUCAGAAGCUGUCCAACGGAUUUUAAAGUGUAUUACGUUCAAAUGCAAGCAGCAAAGCGAAGCCAAGCACCUCUUCCCUCCGAGAUGGUGGAUGACCAGGUAGUUCUUGACAAAACAGUACUUGACAAAGUAUGUCUGUGGAAGAAAAGCAAGGGACUUACGGAUAAAGCUGUGAUUGGCCAUGUUUGUUUGGGAACAAAAUGUGGUUACCAUCAGAUCGACGAUGUGUUCAUAUGCGAAGAGACUGGAAACGUUCAUGUAUGCGAUGAGAACUGCAAGGAAGUGAUAUUUUGUCCAGACAGUGGGUGUAUGGUGUGUACUAUCUCAGGGCUUUGUUCUGACAGUUUGGUUCUGGAAACUGAUUCAGACACAGAUCAGGAAGAAGCUGAAGUAUUAACAGAAAAUGGCCGUUUUGAUAGAGCUUUUGAAUUUGGAUACAACUGCAAGAGUGAGCAGGAAUUAGAACGUACCUUUGGGUUCUGCUGAUCCAACCAAAAGCUUCAGCCUUUAGUGUAGUAGCGCAUGUAAUGGAGAAGUGCAAUGAAUCAAAAGUAGUACAUCUUGUUUUGAGUAGUCUUUUAUGCUUUGUAAGUUGUGCAGAGCUUUGUCUGUAACUUUACUCGAUUGUCCUUGAAAUGUGUUUUACAUGUUGGUAAUUAGUAAGUCUCCAUAACAAUAUAGUUUCAUGAGUUCUAUCUAUUGAACUGUUGAGGGGAAUCAGUAUCAUAUUUUGUGUUGGCUAAUCUCACGUUUAGUUUGUUAUAAAAUAAUCCAAAAAGUAAUAAUAAUUUCGUGUAGAUUCUUCCAUCUUUUUGGUAUUGUUCCACCAUCCACCUAACGCAUGCAUGUUUGGUAGAAUCACGGGUCCAGUACGCGUUCCCGCAACGCCAAAUAUUACGUAACAGACAUAGUCUCUAUCUUUAUCUCAUUUAACCCCUAUACUUUAUUAUACUUCAUAAGCGCCCCCACGAGUUAGUAUGGAAAGUUCGAAUUGUAAGAAGCACACUAUGCAAUUAACCAUUGUUUCACUAAAGAUUUCAAUAAUACUUGUUGAAUAAGCCCUUUCUACCAUCGUUACAUGUCUGAUGUGUCGUUGCUGCUGGUGUUGAAAAUCUGGACUCCAUUAUCAUUUAUAAGGAAUAAUUGUUCAGUUAGUAAGAAAACCCAAAGUAUGAGGACCAAAAGAUUAAAAUAUAUCUUUUUCGGAAACCGUGCCGCUUAAGGAAAUAAAUGUAUGUGUUAAGCAUAACCACCAAUAGUUAUCCCCAAAAGAUCUUCUGUUUUGUGUUUUUUCUGUUUUGCAAAUCAGUUUCGACAUUAUUGUCUCGCGAUUCGUCUCGGGUUUUGUUUUGUUGAUUGAGAGAAAACAUGGGAGGUGACGAAGAUAAAGACAAAGGUUUUUUUGGGUAUCCACCCGCUGGAUACCCGUCGGGCCAUGGGGCUUAUCCACCAGCUGGAUACCCACCACAUCAAGCUUACCCUCCUCCUCCACCACCACAUGGUGCCUACCCACCUGCACCUGGUUAUCCUCCGGGUGCUUACCCACCUCCACCUGGUGCCUACCCUCCUGCUCCUGGCUACGGUGGUUAUCCUCCUGCGCCUGGUCAUUCUGGUUAUCCUCCUGCUGGCUAUCCUGCUCAUCACUCAGGACACGCAGCUGGAAUAGGGGGUAUGAUUGCAGGUGCUGCAGCUGCCUAUGGAGCUCACCACAUAGCUCAUAGCUCUCACGGCCCUUACGGACACGCUGCAUAUGGUCACGGAUUUGGCCAUGGUCAUGGUCCUGGCUAUGGUUAUGGUUAUGGUCAUGGUAAGUUCAAGCACGGGAAGUUCAAGCAUCAUGGAGGCAAACAUGGGAGGCAUGGGAUGUUUGGAGGAGGUAAGUUCAAGAAGUGGAAGUGAUCUAAAACCUCCUUUUGAUCUACCUCUCGUCCGACGAAAUGUUUCAAAUAAACCCCAAAAGGUUAACUUUCGUCGGGAGACUUUAAUAAUGAGUAUGAUAUUACAUGGUGUACUAUGAAGCUAUCUAUGGUUAUAUGAUGAUAAACUCUGUUUUAAUAUAAUUGACAUUGCUUAAGCUGUUCUAGAAGGCAUGGAUAUGAUCAUAUGAUCAAGGUGUUCUAUAUAGUAGUAGUUUCUGAA